GCGUCUAUGCAGCGCCACGGGGCCACGUUUACCCCGGCGGACGCCGUCGCCGUCUCUGCUGCUGCUGCCGCCGCUGCCACAGCCUUUGCCGCCACGGUCUCUCUGCCGCUGUUCCUGUGCCGCCUCCGGGAGCCCCCUUAUUGUCCGGACGGCACCGAGUUCCCAGGCCAGAAGACCCCAAAGCUCGGGAAACGCGAGGGUGCUUGCGGAAUUGCGACACUGGGGCGCCGGCGGGGCCGGGAGCGGCCGGGGUCAGCGCGGGAAGCCGGGCCAGAGCGUGCGGGGCAGGAGCCGGGGGUGGCCAGCUCCGCGUCCCGGAGUUCGGGUUCCCCCUUCCUGGCCCGUCUUUCCCCGCCGGCUUCCCCACGCGGGGUCGGAGCCCCGGCGGGCGCCCCCGGCGAUGAGCCCGGACUGGAGGUGGCCGAUGUGACAGCAUGGGGGUGGACUUUGAUGUGAAGACCUUCUGCCACAACUUGCGGGCAACUAAGCCACCGUAUGAAUGCCCCGUGGAGACCUGCCGCAAGGUUUACAAGAGCUACAGUGGUAUUGAGUACCACCUGUACCACUAUGACCACGACAGCCCACCACCCCCACAGCAGACCCCACUGCGCAAGCACAAAAAAAAAGGGCGCCAGUCACGACCAGCCAAUAAGCAGUCACCCAGCCCCUCUGAGGUCUCACAGUCACCAGGCCGAGAGGUGAUGAGUUAUGCUCAGGCCCAGCGCAUGGUAGAGGUGGACCUGCAUGGCCGUGUCCACCGCAUCAGCAUCUUUGACAACCUAGAUGUGGUGUCAGAGGAUGAGGAGGCCCCUGAGGAGGCCCCAGAAAACAGCAGCAACAAGGAGAACUCAGAGACACCCGCGGCUACCCCUAAGUCAGGCAAGCAUAAGAACAAGGAGAAACGCAAGGACUCCAACCACCACCACCACAGUGCUCCCGCCAGUGCUGCUCCCAAACUGCCUGAGGUGGUGUAUCGGGAGCUGGAGCAAGACACGCCUGAUGCACCGCCCCGGCCCACUUCCUACUACCGGUACAUCGAGAAGUCUGCAGAGGAGCUGGACGAGGAAGUAGAGUAUGACAUGGACGAGGAGGACUAUAUCUGGCUGGAUAUCAUGAAUGAGCGACGGAAGACCGAGGGUGUGAGUCCUAUCCCACAGGAGAUCUUUGAGUACCUAAUGGACCGGUUGGAGAAGGAGUCCUACUUUGAGAGUCACAAUAAAGGUGACCCCAAUGCACUAGUGGAUGAAGAUGCCGUAUGCUGCAUCUGCAAUGAUGGCGAGUGCCAGAACAGCAAUGUCAUCCUCUUCUGUGACAUGUGCAACUUGGCUGUGCACCAAGAGUGCUACGGUGUCCCCUAUAUCCCUGAGGGCCAGUGGCUGUGCCGCCGUUGCCUGCAGUCACCUUCUCGUGCAGUGGACUGUGCUCUGUGCCCCAAUAAGGGUGGUGCCUUUAAGCAGACAGAUGAUGGCCGCUGGGCCCACGUGGUGUGUGCCUUGUGGAUCCCUGAGGUCUGCUUUGCCAACACAGUCUUCCUAGAACCUAUUGACAGCAUUGAGCACAUCCCACCAGCCCGCUGGAAGCUCACCUGCUACAUUUGCAAACAGCGGGGCUCUGGAGCCUGCAUCCAGUGCCACAAGGCCAACUGCUACACAGCCUUCCAUGUGACAUGUGCCCAGCAGGCUGGCCUUUACAUGAAGAUGGAACCUGUGCGGGAGACAGGUGCUAAUGGUACCUCCUUUAGUGUCCGCAAGACAGCCUACUGUGACAUCCACACACCCCCAGGUUCUGCUCGCCGCCUGCCUGCCCUAUCCCACAGUGAGGGGGAGGAGGAGGAGGAUGAAGAAGAAGAUGAGGGUAAGAGCUGGAGCUCAGAGAAGGUCAAGAAGGCCAAGGCCAAGUCCCGGAUCAAGAUGAAGAAAGCUCGGAAGAUCUUGGCAGAGAAGCGGGCAGCAGCACCUGUGGUAUCUGUGCCCUGCAUUCCGCCACACAGACUCAGUAAGAUCACCAACCGCCUGACCAUCCAGAGGAAGAGCCAGUUCAUGCAGAGGCUACACAGCUACUGGACCCUGAAACGGCAGUCACGGAAUGGGGUCCCACUGCUCCGGCGUCUGCAGACACACCUUCAGUCGCAGAGGAACUGUGAUCAAGUUGGGAGAGAUUCUGAAGAUAAGAACUGGGCCCUCAAAGAACAGCUCAAGUCCUGGCAGCGGCUCCGGCAUGACCUAGAGCGAGCUCGGCUGCUGGUGGAGUUGAUACGCAAGCGAGAGAAACUGAAAAGGGAGACGAUCAAGAUCCAGCAGAUUGCCAUGGAAAUGCAGCUGACCCCUUUUCUCAUCCUCCUCCGAAAAACCUUGGAGCAGCUCCAAGAGAAGGACACAGGCAACAUCUUCAGCGAGCCGGUCCCUCUGUCUGAGGUAACCGAAUUGGACGAAGUACCUGACUACCUAGACCACAUCAAAAAGCCUAUGGACUUUUUCACCAUGAAGCAGAACUUGGAGGCUUAUCGCUACUUGAACUUUGAUGAUUUUGAGGAGGACUUCAAUCUCAUUGUCAGCAACUGCCUAAAGUAUAAUGCCAAGGACACCAUCUUCUACAGGGCAGCAGUUCGACUCCGUGAGCAGGGUGGUGCUGUGCUCCGUCAGGCCCGGCGCCAGGCAGAAAAAAUGGGCAUUGACUUUGAGACGGGCAUGCAUAUCCCUCACAACCUAGCCGGAGAUGAGGCCCCACACCAUACUGAAGAUGCAGAGGAAGAGCGGCUGGUCCUGCUGGAGAACCAGAAACACCUGCCAGUAGAAGAGCAGCUGAAGUUGUUGCUGGAGCGGCUGGACGAAGUCAACGCCAGCAAGCAGAGUGUGGGCCGUUCCCGGCGUGCAAAAAUGAUCAAGAAAGAGAUGACGGCAUUGCGGCGGAAGCUUGCUCACCAGCGGGAGACUGGCCGGGAUGGACCUGAGCGUCAUGGCCCCUCCAGCAGGGGCAAUCUGACACCCCACCCAGCAGCCUGUGACAAGGAUGGACAGACAGACAGCGCUGCAGAAGAGAGCAGCAGCCAGGAGACAAGCAAAGGCCUGGGUCCCAACAUGUCCUCAACCCCCGCACAUGAGGUGGGCAGGAGAACCUCAGUUCUGUUCUCCAAAAAGAACCCGAAGACAGCUGGACCGCCCAAGAGGCCGGGCCGGCCCCCCAAAAACCGGGAGAGCCAGAUGACCCCCAGCCACGGAGGCAGUCCUGUGGGGCCCCCCCAGCUCCCCAUCAUGGGGUCCCUGCGUCAGCGCAAGCGGGGUAGGAGCCCCCGGCCCAGUUCGAGCUCAGACAGCGACAGUGAUAAGUCCACAGAAGACCCCCCAAUGGACUUACCAGCCAAUGGCUUCAGCAGUGGGAACCAGCCAGUGAAGAAGAGUUUCUUGGUGUACCGUAAUGACUGCAGCCUUCCCCGGAGCAGCUCAGACUCUGAGUCCAGCAGCAGCAGCAGCAGCAGUGCGGCCUCAGACCGGACCAGCACAACACCUUCAAAACAAGGCCGGGGCAAGCCCUCCUUCUCUCGGGGCACAUUCCCAGAGGACAGCAGUGAAGAUACCUCAGGCACUGAGAAUGAGGCCUACUCCGUGGGCGCUGGCCGCGGCGUGGGCCACAGCAUGGUAAGAAAAAGUCUGGGUCGAGGAGCUGGUUGGCUCUCAGAGGACGAGGACUCCCCAUUGGAUGCUCUGGACCUUGUGUGGGCCAAAUGCCGAGGUUAUCCAUCAUAUCCAGCUCUGAUCAUUGAUCCAAAGAUGCCCCGAGAAGGUAUGUUCCACCAUGGGGUUCCUAUCCCUGUACCACCACUGGAGGUUCUAAAACUUGGGGAACAGAUGACACAGGAAGCCCGAGAGCAUCUCUACCUCGUUCUCUUCUUUGACAACAAACGAACCUGGCAGUGGCUGCCCAGGACUAAACUCGUUCCUCUGGGUGUGAACCAGGAUCUAGACAAAGAGAAGAUGCUGGAGGGCCGCAAGUCCAACAUCCGCAAGUCAGUGCAGAUUGCCUACCACAGGGCUCUGCAGCACCGCAGCAAGGUGCAGGGUGAACAGAGCAGCGAGACCAGCGACAGUGACUGAUGCUGUCAGAGCCCAGCUACAGUGCUCUGUGACCUCUCCUUCCCUUUGCUCACUGUCCUGGAGUGGUGCCGCCCUCUGCACUGAUUCAUUCCUGGUCUUGGGGCCAGUCUCAGGGGAAGUUGGGUAGGGGAGGUCCCUCCUGCCCUGAGUGCAGCUGGACUGUACAGAACACUCCAAGGGCCCAUGGCCAUUCAGUGCAAGGAGAAGAGAGGUCCCACAGGUCAAUAAGAGCUCAAGACCUCAUGGCGUUGUAGGGCAGAGUAGUGGCCAUACCACCACCCCUACCUGCUUCUGCCAGGGGAAUCCAUAACUGCCUAGAGGCCUGAGGCCCUUGCAGGUGGCAAGGUAAGCCAGCAUUAUCCCAUCCUAGCAGUGGGAUUGAUGUCUGUCUAGCCUGGAAGAGGGGCACUAGGUGACCCCUCCCCUGCUGUUGUAAAUACUGUAAUUAUUGGAGAAUUUAAAUUAUUCUCAUUUGUAACUGCGUUUCCGGGUCGCGCCAGAGUCAUUUGGUACUAAAAAAAAGAAAAAGGAAAAAAAAAAAAGAAUGGAGCUUGUCUCUGCUUUUCUUUUUCCCAUAGAACCCUACCUUUCAACUGGUUUGUAUUUAUUUCAAAGGAAGAGAAUAUAUUGAUUCUUAGAAAAUAAAGUCUAUUUAGAAUUCUU